AUGGCCUCAGCAGAUCAGCAAUACCUCAACAUCAAGAUUCAGGACAAGAUGAGAUAUGACAUUCGGCUUGAAAAUGUCAAACUGCGAAGUGGAGAAUUCUACGUAGAGGGUAAUAAAAAUGAUGUCCUAACUACCGAUGAUGUUGGCGAUGGGAGCAUCCGUCACAACAAUGGCAUACGCCAUAUUUGCGCCUGUGGAGAGAACGGAUCGAUUUCGGGACCACAAGGAUCUUUCGAUCUCGUGGACGAUCUGAGAGAUGUUCGAAUUUGCACUCUCACCUGGGCAGCUACUAUGGAGCCUGGAAGACGGAAUUCGUUCGUGGCGCGUAAUGUGGAUCCAAGGUACAACGUCGAUGUCGGAAAGUGGAAUGAUUCUGGUAUUAUGGGAGAUGUUCCAGUGGCUGUUGAUGAGAUGUGA